GUCUGUGCUUGUCAGGGGGCUGUAACAGUCACUGACACUGUAUCUGCCCCACAGAGAGCAGCGGAACAGAGAGCGACUCAGUCUGGGAGAGAGAGAGAGAGGGAGAGACAGAGAGAGAGAAAGAGAGUGAGUGAGAGAGAGAGGGAGAGACAGAGAGUGAGAGAGAGAAAGAGAGUGAGUGAGAGAGAGAGAGGGGGAGAGAGGGAGAGAGAAGCGGGGGAGAACUGGAAUGCACCGGCGCUGAAGCGGACUGCUCUCCCGUGUUUACCUCCUGACGCUCGGCAAGUCUGAGGGAGCCGCCCGCCGCCGAAGACCCCGCCGCCUUUUGGGCCUGGAGAGCCGUGAUGAGCGCCGCCCCCCCCGCCGGGUCUGCCCAGGUCCCGCAGCCUCCAGCCUCGGCAGCGCGCUUAGCGGAGCCCAAACCGCCCGUCUCCCCCUCGCCUCUCUCUCCCGCCACAUAACUAACCUGUCGCCCCUGCGAGUCGGGACGCGUGCGCUACGGACACGCCGCGACCCGAAGAGGACCGAGACGCAGACGGAAGAGGGGGGGUUCGGCCGUAACCGAAAGACAGAGUUUCGGAGGAGAUGUCCAAGCCUUCGCGGUUGGCCCGGCCGUCCUCGGCGGGCGCGGCGUCCAAGCUGCCCUCGCCGCGGAAGGAGAGCCAGGGCCGGCGGCCCAGGGCGCCCAGCGCGGGGGACAAGCUGACGAGGGCCGGCAGCGAGGGGAACCUGGCGAAGCAGAACCCCGCCGCGCCGCCGCCCGCCGCCCAGGAGACCCUGCCUAAGAGGAGAGCGAGCCCGCCCAAAGAGCCAGGGAGAGGCAAUCUGAGGGUGACGUCCCCCGAGGAUGCUGAGCACCUCAGCAGGAAGCAGAGCGCAGCCAACGGGAGCGGUCGCCCGGACCCCAAAGCCUGCCGCAGCGUCCCCAGGAGACACACCGUAGGGGGGCCGCGCAGCUCCAGAGAGAUCCUCGCCAUGCAGCCCUCCGACAUGGACAAGAAGCGGGAGGCCUUCCUGGAGCACCUGAAGCAGAAGUACCCUCACCACGCUUCUGCCAUCAUGGGACACCAGGAGAGGCUCAGAGAACAGGCCUUACAGUUCAUGCUGUCCUCUCUCCAUUCUGAACUUGACAUUCAAAGGUACUUGCUGAAAAUCGAAUCAUCCCAGAGAAGCAGGAGCCCCAAGCACUCCCCGAACCCGCAGCCUGGAGUCGGGGACCAGGCGGAGCACCUCUCCGUGGCCUCGCUGGAGUCUCUGGAUGCCAUGUCCGAAGGAGAAGCCCCCGCCGCCUUCACCCGGGGCACUCGCACUCGGGCCAGCUUGCCCGUGGUGCGGUCUGCCAACCAGACCAAGGACAGGUCGCUAGGUGUGCUGUACCUUCAGUAUGGAGAUGAGACCAAGCAGAUCCGAAUGCCCAAUGAGAUCACCAGCGCGGACACCAUCCGGGCCCUCUUCGUCAGUGCCUUCCCCCAGCAGCUCACCAUGAAGAUGCUGGAGUCCCCCAGCGUGGCCGUGUACAUCAAGGACGACGCCAGGAACAUGUACUACGAGCUCUCGGACGUGAGGAACAUCAUGGAUCACUCCUUCCUCAAGGUGUACCACAAGGACCCGGCGCACGUCUUCAGCCACAAUGCCCGGCCCACCAACGGAGACAGCAGAAUGCACAGGGAGAUGCUGUACGGGGGCAGGGAGGGGCAGCUCACUCUGAGUCGGCAGCCCAUGAGCCCCCCCGCGGCCCACCCCAUGGCAGGCACUCUGCCGCCCAACGCUGGCCUCUCUAUGCCCCCCUCGCCCUCCAGGAUCCCCUACGGGCCCCGCGGUGGGGCCAUGCCCGGCAACGCCACCCUCCCCAGGGACCGGCUGUCUAGCGUGCCCCCGAACCGCUCCGUCUCGCCCUGCCCCAGCGCCAUCCUGGAGCGGCGGGACGUCAAGCCCGACGAGGACGUGAGCAGCAAGGGCGUGGCCCUGGCGCGGGGCGAGGGCCUGUACGCCGACCCCUACCUGAUGCACGAGGGUCGCCUGAGCAUCGCCUCGUCCCACAGCGGCCACCCGGGGGACGUCCCCGACCACGGCAUGGGCGGCUUCCACCGCGCCUCCGUCCGCUCCAACAGCUCCUACGCCAGCUCCACCAUGAGCUCGGACGGCGCCGAGCACCACAGCCUCUACAGGCAGAAGUCCCGCAAGUACGGCGACAGCCAGCUGCCCACCCUGGGCUCCAAGACCCCGCCCCCGUCGCCCCACAGAAUGGCCGACGUGCGGCUGGUGGACAUCCACCCCGGCCAGGCCGCCCACAUCCCGCCGCAGGGCGUUCAGAUGGAGAGGGGCUCGCCCGUGCGCCACUCCUUCAGGAAGGACAGCUCGGGCGGCAUGGAGACGGUUACCAAGGCCAGGAGCAACAUGGCCUCGCCCGUCAUCGCCGACCUCCCGAUGGGACAGGGGGACAGGCCGCCCCACGCCAUGUCCUCCAACGACCCUCAGACACGAGAGCGAAUGAAGGCCAUGGAGCAGCAGAUUGCCAGUCUAACAGGGCUUGUUCAGCACGCACUUUUCAAAGGGCCAACUGCCAGCAGUGCCAAGGAGGCCUCCAGUGACAAAAUGGUGAAGAGGGCGUCCCCUGUCCACAGCGCAAACAGCGGAGGAGCCUCGCCCAUCCUCGCGGCCAAGAGCCCGGCCGAAAGCUCUCCGACGCCCCCUCCCCUCGCGGCCCCCGCACCCCUGCAGGCCAACCUGGCCCACUUUCGGAAGAACGUCUCGGACCUGCGGCUGCAGCUCCUCCAGAUGAGACAGCUGCAGCUGCAGAACCAGGAAACGCUGAAGCUGAUGGUGAAGCGGGCGGAGCAGGAGAUCAGCGGGAAGCUGGUGGAGGCGGUGAAGAGGCUGGAGGACCCGGCGCAGCGGCAGAGGGUGCUGGUGGAGGAGGACAGGCACAAGUACCUGAGCAUGGAGGAGAGGGUGCUGGUCCAGCUGGGGGAGCUGGAGCAGUACGUGGACGAGCUGAAGAAGGACUCGGCGUCCAGCGCGGUGCAGAGGGCCGUCACGCUGAAGGACGUGGAGGAGGGCGCGGUGGGCCUGCGCAAAGUGGGCGAGUCUCUGGCGGGGCUCAAAGGGGAGUUCCCGGCCCUGCAGACCAAGAUGCGGGCGGUGCUGCGGGUGGAGGUGGAGGCCGUGAAGUUCCUGAAGGAGGAGCCGCACAAGCUGGACAGCAUGCUGAAGCGGGUGAAGAACCUGACGGAGACACUCAGCAGCCUGAGGAGGCUUGUCACAGACAGCCCUUUGAAAGGCUCGGAGAGUCUGGUAGUGAGGGAGACCAGCGCGGUUGCCGUGGUGGAGUCAGAGCCCCCGCCCAGCGCGGUGCAGGACUCGUCCCCGCCCCCGCCCUCGUCCGCCUCCCCCACCGGGCUCCCCGAGCCCCAGAGCUCCUCCAUUCGCUCAGAGGCCGCGGAGAAGGAGUGGGCGGAGAGGAGGCAGAACAUGGGUCAGUACGACGGGAAGGAGUUCGACAAGAUCCUCCAGGAGGCGCAGGCCAACAUGAUGAAAGGCAUCCCCAACCUUGAGGUGGGCGAGGAAGAGGCCCCUGCAGCGCCCCCUGCAGUACAGGGGGAUGAGGUGGACACGCCCCAGCCUGUGGAGUCGCCCCCGAAAGAGGCUCCGGUGCCGGAGUCGAGCCCUGAGAAGCCGGUGCAGCCCAGCCCUGAGCCCCGGGCCCUGGCCAGCCCUCCCCCCGUGGCUGAGAAGCCAGCCAGGAUCCUUCCGGAAAAGCCCGCCAAGCCCAGCCUGGACAAAGUGGCCAAGCUGAACGCGGAGAAGGCCUGCAAGUCCCCUCCCCCGCCCCCUCCCCGGCGGAACUACCCCCCGGGCUCCGGGCUGACCACCGGGAGGUCAGGGGAGGUGAUAUUCACCAGCAGGAAGGAGUCUGUCUCUGCUCAGGAGGGGGAGGAAGAGGCCGCGCCUCCGCAGCCACCCAAACCCAGCAAGGUUCCCCCGGAGAUCAAGCCAAAACCGCAGACUCCGCCCCCCAUCGUGGCCUCUGCCAUCUGCGACGAGGAGGAUGAAGGAGACAAGAUCAUGGCAGAGCUGCAGGUUUUCCAGAAGUGCACUGUUAAGGAUGUAGGGCCAAAAUGUUUUAUUGAACAUACAAGAGUUGAGCCCCAAGUCAGAGAAUUGAGGCCCGGGUCCUUAAUGUUACCCAAAGACAAAAAGCAGAACUCGGAGCUCCAGCGGGAAGAGAAAGAAUCCCACACAGACGAAAACGGGAAUGACACGAUGCGACAGAGCCCAGGGGUCAUAUACUACGUCACAGCGCAGAUCUCCAAAGAGCAGCAGCCUUCGCCGGGAGCGGAAGACCAGCCCGAGCGCAAAGAAGCCCCAGUUUCUCCCUCACAGGUUGCAAAUGUGAAUGCUUUUGAAAUUUCCCAAAGGCAGCAGCAGUUAGUGGCAGACAAGGCGCCCGUUAUCUUGGCGCUGGCGGCGGCGGCUGAGAGUCAGCCGAGCCCUCCCGCCGCGCGGCGCGUAGCGGCCGCCUGCCCUCCGAGCGAGGGCCCCGGGGCGGAGGCGCAGGUUCCGUCGGGCAGCCCUGUUCCCAGAGAAGAGGCCGCAGAACCUGCGUCUCCCGCUCUUACCCCUGGAAAGCAGGUAGUGGCCUCUCCUAUCCAGGUAAUCCAAGUGCCCCCCGUCGCUGAGCACCCGCCGCCAUUGGCCGAGCCCUCGGCCCCGCCCUCGCUCAUCAGCCAAGAGGAUUCCGGCUGUUUUGAGUCCCCUCCGGAGAGCCCGGACAGUGACUAUGGCGACCAGCUGGUGCUGGGGUCCUCCAAAGCUCGAGUGAGGUAUGUGGAGGAGUACACCAGCCUGAGCCCCGAUCUCCCCGGUGACGAGGGCCCGCCCCCACCCGACAACAUCGCGUUCAUGAUUACGAACACCAAGGUGCAGGCGCUGUCCUGCGGCGAGUACCAGGAGAUCGUGAACACCAGAGGGGAGACGGUCCAGACCGUCAACGUGGACGACGACCGGGGCAUGAUGGCUCAGGAAGACAACGGCUUCAACAAGAAGCCCGUCAUCAUCAUAUUCGACGAGCCCAUGGAUAUCCGGUCGGCCUACAAGCGGCUCUCCACCAUCUUUGAGUCCGAGGAGGAGCUGGAGAGGAUGCUGUCGGAGGAGCGGAUCGAGGAGGAGAACGAGGAGGCGGAGGAGGAGUUGGAUCCCGAGAGGCACGACCUCCAGGUAAAGUCCGCGGCGCUUGAAAGCGAUAGGGUAGUCGCAGCCGCGCACAGCCGCCCCGCGGAGAAGCCCCAUAGCCACCGGCGCAGCAGGGCCUCCAGGGAGCCGUCCGCCGAGCCGGCCGAAGAGGCCCAGACCGAGCCGACGGCCGCCGACGACGGCAAGCAGGACGCCAAGAAGAAGUUCAAGUUCAAGUUCCCCAAGAAGCAGCUGGCGGCCCUGACGCAGGCCAUCCGCACGGGGACGAAGACGGGCAAAAAGACCCUGCAGGUGGUGGUGUACGAGGAAGAGGAGGAGCCCGACGGCACGCUCAAGCAGCAGAAGGAGGCCAAGAGGUUCGAAAUCGGCCGCACCAAGUCCCAGCCUUUACCCAACAACGGCGCCCCCCCCGUCCCCCCAAAACCAGGGUCGCCGCCGGCCGAGCCCUCGCCGGUGGAUUCGCACUGCCGGACGGACGAGAUCCGCAAGAGCACCUACAAGACCUUAGACAGCCUGGAGCAGACCAUCAAGCAGCUGGAGAACACCAUUAGCGAAAUGGGCCCCAGGGCCGCGGAGGAGGCCGCCAACGAGGAGUCCAGAGCGUACUCUGUUCAGGUAGGGGGGCCGGCGGGCCGAGAGGCGGAGCACACGGACGUCCCCUCCCCCAAGGGAGCGCGGUCUCGCCCCUCUCUACCCAAUAAGGCCCCUCUGCGUAAGAAGCCCAAACCGCAGCUCCUCCCCCGACCAGCCGUCAUCCCCAACACCAACACCACAGCCACCACUGCCGCCACCACCAGCGAACAGAACACCAGUGUUGCUUCCUCUGCUAGUCGGAUGCCGGUGCCCGUGUCUGCCAAAUCGAGACAGCCACCAGGGGGCACCGAAAAGGCAGGAAAACAGCAAAAGCUGCAGGACCCUCAGAGGCAGUUCCGACAGGCUAACGGAAGCGCUAAGAAAACUGGUGGGGAAAAUAAAUCCAAUUCCCCUACUUUACCUGCUUCUAAGAUCCCAGCCUUUUAUCCUAGCUCUGGAAAAAACAGCCCUCUGUCUGCUCCUAACUCAGAUGCUACUAACCCUGUUAAUUCCUCUUCCUCUUCCUCUUCCUCCUCUAAGUCUUCCAUCCCGAGCCCCAGCCAUGCCAACCCCUCCCGCCCCGCCUCUGUGUCCUCCCACAUCCCCUCCCUGUCUAACGGAACUCUCAAGCUCCCCAGCUCCACUCACACUGGUAAAGGUCCACAUCUCUCCUUCUCACCGCAGACUCAAAAUGGCCGAACGUCCUCCUCCUCCUCCUCCUCCUCCUCUUCCUGCUCUCCCUCCCCCCUCUCUCCCCUGUCCCCCACCUCCCUGGGCCAAGGUGCGAAGAGCAUCCGAACCAUACACACACCCAGCUUCACCAGCUACAAGCCACACAACGGGAGCAAAUCCACAAUCCCAUCCGCCUCAUCAUCCAAGGACACAGCAUGAUGGCUUUUGUUUGGUGGGUCGCAUUUGGUCGCUGUCGCAAAGCAAAGAGCAUUGUAGGUGUGCACUGUCCUCCAGCAGCUUUUUUUAAAGAUUAUUUUUGCUUUUUUACUUUUGAUUUUGGUUUUUCCUUCAUUAAUAUUUGAUUUUAAUACAGCGGCAUUCACAUGGCAAUGCUUUGUGUCUCAUUUAAAUCUUUUAAAUAGCGUUUGCUCCAUUACUAAUGUUAAUAACCUGAUAACUUGAGACAAGCCUAAAAAGAGACUCGAGGCAUAGAAUACUGUGUACAUAUACAAAAAAGACAAAACACAAGUGAUUUAGUUCUACUGAGCAGUAGUUAAUGUAGAAGUUGUCAAUAACUGACUAUUUUUUUGGGUUGUAGUUUUUACUCAAUGGUAUUGAAAGUAUAUUUUUAUUAAAGCAUUAGAAGGGAUGGAAAUAUAGAACAGAUGUAUUCUGAGUGAAAACAUGUAAAACUGCUUUUAUUUUUCAAAAACAAAACUGGAUGAUUAUAGUCUAUUUUGAUCUAAUAUUAGGGAUUUUAUUUUGCCAGCGAUUACAUGGCCAUAUUAAACUUUCAAAUUAAUUAAAUACUGUAUGUCUUUUUAAAUCGAACUACAUGGCUUUAUUUUGUUUCUCUUAGCUUCCCAUUCCCAGUUUAUUUUAACAAAUAGUAUCAGUGAUAACUGGUUUUAUGAGGUUUAUCUGUUUUCUGUCUUUCGUAGUUAUUGUGCCUAUUUGCCAAAGUUGUUUGUAUUUCAUUCUCAAGGUUAUACUUAUUGAUUGAAAAACACUGUGUGGGAAUUUUAUGUGUACAGUUUGGAGUGACACGCACUCCGUUACCCUACUCUCUUCAAUAGCUUUACUGAGCUCUGUGUUCUUUAAGUUAAUGGUUCUUGAUGUUUAAAUGUAUACUAAAGGAUAGUAACUGACAUACUACCACAUGUAUAUAAAUGCUUAUCUCCUGAGAAACUUAGUAUAGUUUUGUUAACAUACCAAAGUUUAUUUCUAUGCAUGCCUUUCAGAUAUUUUAAAAGAUAUAUUUGACGCUAAUGUAAAAGAAUAAUUGUUUGCACAGAUAGAUUUUGUAAAUAUUUUGUUUCCUCAUUUUGUAAAGCUUUAAACCAUAUUGCAUAAAAGCGCUGUGGUAAAGAAAUAAUUGUGUUGGUAUUAAAAAUAAUAAAGGGCCA